AUGGACGCUACUGUCGAUAGCAGUGCUGUCCCGAAUUAUUCGGACAACUUUGCUAGUGAUGUGCAUCGAGACACAUCACUCGCAGUCAACGUAUCGCUUUCUAGUUCUGGAGAUUGUGCUCAACCCGCCACCCUCAGCACUGAGUCCAGCGAUUCCAAACGUUUGGAUUCGACUUCUGCGGUCAUCUGGCACGACGAUGACGAUGAAGACAACCAGACAAACCCUCAUCAACACAGAAUGCCCGAUGAUGAUGAUGAUGAAAUCGAUCGUCUGGUCUACACAGAUCCAAAUCGAUUGUGGGCCAACGGAACCGUCAUCCCCAGUCGCCUGACAAAGUCCCCGGUUACCGCACGACCACACCCAACAGCAACAAGUUCUCCAUAUGCUGGCCCUCCUGGGCAUAAGCAUUCCUCUCGUAAAUCCAAUACCUCAGUGGGAUUCCAUGACGAGAAAGAAAAUUUCCCCGAAGUGGAAACACGCUACUAUGUGGUGGAACGGUAUUACGGUCCUGAGCCGCGACAACCUUUGCUCAGUCGAUACGGACAGCAUCGCCAAACGCAAAACUGA